AUGCAUUUCAACGCGUCCUACGGCCAAAAAGGUGGUCCGCCGCAAUUUGCUCCCCACCAGGAGCAGUGGGGAGGACACCCUGGCGUCUUUGAGGAUGGCAAUCCUCAGGGUGGGUACAACAGUUACCAGCAACGGGCACCUGGAGGCUUUGAUGGACGUUACGCCCGCGGAGGCCGUGGCCGGGGUGCUGGUGGUGGUAUAUACAGUCGCGGAGGUGUCUUUGGGCAUGAUGGCGGGUACCAUCGGCCAAUGCAGUAUCACGGCGAAGGUGGUUCUCACGCAUAUCACCGUGAGGAGAAGCCGGAAGAGGAAAUAUUCAAGGAGCACACCCCUGGCAUUAACUUUGAUCAGUACGAGGCUAUUAAAGUACACCUCUCGCCCGAUGACAUUCCACCAAUGGAGACAUUUGCUGCCAUGAACACGGCACCUGCACUCAAAGAAAAUGUGGCACGUUGUCGAUACCAAAAGCCAACACCUGUUCAAAAGUACGGUAUUCCUGUUGUGUUAAGUGGCCAUGACCUCAUGGCCUGCGCCCAAACCGGCUCUGGAAAGACAGCGGCCUACUUGAUCCCUCUGGUGAGUUCUAUUCUGAAUAACACGUCGCAAAGCCCGCAGGGGCAUGGAAGUCGGUCUUCCCCAGCCGCGUUGGUCAUGGCUCCCACACGUGAACUCUCCAUUCAGAUUCACGAGGAAGGACGCAAGUUUACCUAUCGAACCGGUAUUCGAUGUGUUGUUGUGUACGGGGGCGCCGAUCCGCGCCAUCAGGUCCAUGAGCUUUCACGAGGUUGCGGUUUGCUGGUUGCCACACCUGGCCGUCUUUGGGACGUGUUUACACGUGGCUAUGUGACCUUCUCUGCUAUUCGCUUUAUGGUUCUGGACGAGGCUGAUCGCAUGCUUGACAUGGGCUUUGAGCCGCAGAUUCGCAUGAUUGUGCAAGGCCAGGGUAGCGACAUGCCACCCCCUGGUCAACGGCAGACGUUGUUGUACUCGGCUACUUUUCCAACUGAAAUCCAACAGCUUGCACGGGAAUUUUUGCACCGUCAUUACUUCUUGCAGGUUGGUCGUGUGGGUUCAACGACAGAAAGUAUUACCCAAGACGUGCGCUGGGUUGAAGACACUGAUAAGCGGGACCAUCUUCUCAGACUUCUGCACGAGAAUCAAGGCCAACUUAUUCUGGUGUUUGUGGAGAAAAAGCGUGACGCCGACCACUUGGAGCGGUUUCUACGUAAUAAUCGGAUUACGUGUGCGUCAAUUCACGGUGACCGAGUGCAGCGUGAGCGUGAGGAGGCGCUUAACAUGUUUAAAUCCGCCAUUUGUCAGGUACUCGUUGCCACGGAUGUGGCCUCACGUGGCCUUGAUAUUCCCAACGUUGGCAUUGUCAUUCAGUAUGAUAUGCCGAGUAACAUUGAUGACUACGUCCACCGCAUCGGCCGAACAGGUCGCGCAGGAAAAGUUGGUCGUGCAGUCUCCUUUUUCAACGAGAAGAACCGCAACAUCGUUGAUGACCUUGUUCCCUUGUUGAAUGAAACCCACCAAGCUGUCCUUCCUCAAGUCAUGGAGCUUAUGAAGCGGCCCAACAUUAACAAUGGUCGCGGCGGCAAUGGUGGUGGUGGGUACCGCGGUUAUCGUGGUGGAGGCUUCUUUGGCGGCGGUGGUUACCGUGGCGGUGGUGGCGGGUACCGUGGCGGCAACAAUCGGGGAGGUUACGGUGGGGGUUACGGGGGCGGCUACAGUGGCGGCUACGGCUACGGCGGCGGCGGUGGCUAUGUAGCGAACAUGGGUAGAGGUGGUCGUGGCGGUGGCUUCCGUGAGUAG